CAAAAUAAGUUUUUGAAUGUAUUUGCGAGAGACUUGUGAGAGAAUAAAGUUUAUUUCUGAAGAAUAGAAGUCUUUCGUAGGAAGAUGGGUACGAAUUUUGAUGGUCUAGGAUUUAACAAGCAGACGGAGACGUUGCUGUAUGGUCUAAACGCGCAAAAUUUAAUAGAGGAAUUCAAAAAGAGAAAUAUCUCGACUGAUGUGCUGCAUAAGUUAACCAAGGAAGAUUUCAUACAACUUGGUGCUGAUGAAGUUCAUGCAGAAAACAUGGUUAAUGCUUUACACAUCAAGAAGAACAUAGAACAACCAUUAAAACCUCAUCAAAGGAUAUUCGAUAAAAUAGAGCUACUGCAACUAAACGAAAGACAAUUGCAUUUAAUUCAAGAUUUUUUAAAAUACUGCAGGAUGAGAUUAACAAAAGAAAGAAUCAAUUCCUUUAUAGAGCCUGAUAAGGCUUUGAGUGCUUCUCAAAUUUUGUGUAUUGCUGCUGACACUCUUCUUGCAGAAGUGAAUGAAGCUGAGUUGAAACUGAAUGAACUGGAAGCUGUGAUAGUUAUGCUAUUUGCAAUAAUUGUCUUUGGAUGCAUAAGCAGCAAGGGCUAUCUUGCUGAGAAAGAGGGUGGGAAGGAACUUUGUCUUUAUAAUGGCGACAAUAAUGCUUGCAACUACGGGAUUGGUAUUGGAGUACUGGCAUUUUUGGCCAGUAUCGGAUUUCUCGCAGGUGAAUAUCUCUUUGAACAAAUGUCAUCUGUCAAGACUAGGAAACAUUUUGUCCUCUUGGAUUUGGGCUUCUCUGGUUUCUGGUCUUUUUUAUAUUUUGUUGGAUUCUGUUACUUGACGAAUGCAUGGAAUAAAUCUAAAGAUCCAGAGGGUGGAUAUGGCGUGAAUAAUGUACAAGCGGCUAUUGCAUUCUCAUUCUUCUCCAUCUUUACUUGGGCUGCUUGUGCUUGGUUCGCAUUUCAAAGAUUUAAACAAGGUACCGAUGCAGCAUUCGCUCCAAGUUAUGAGGCAGAUCCUGUGGGUGGUACAGGAUACACAAGUUAUCCUGACGCUACUGACACUGCUUAUCAAGAACCGCCAUUCGGUCAACAGCAACAGCGGGGUAUGGGUGACUUUCAAGCCCCCGCUUAUUAAAAGUCAUCCAUAGUCGAUACCAAAAUGUAUUUCCAUUGAGUGCACAGCGAGCUACUUACGAAAGAAGAUUUAGGAUAAUUUUUCAGAACAAGAUACAUUGUUUUUCCAUCACCUAUUUUGCUUAAAGACUAAAGAACUUCAUUCGCUGAUAGGUCGCUGGGCAACGCGUUGGUCAUAGAGUAAGUUUUCAUGGCAAGAUGUAGAAGGAAGUUAUUUGUUAAACUGUGCUUCUUAUUGUUGACCACUUGUAAGUUACACUUAUCCAUAUGCCCAAUGUCACAAAAAAAAUGCGUUAGGUGUGUUUGAAGUCAUACGCCUGGACAUGCGUUACGACGGCGACUACUAUCUAUUGGGAAGUAAAUAUGAUAUCUUAUAAUGAGUAACACUAUAGCAAAACUCCAUAAAUAAGUAAGGACUAGUAUGUGCACAGGUUAUGUAUAUUUUAACGUUGUAACGUGUUCAUGGCAAACGCGACUUAAAUAUAACAGUAAUACUACGAUACGUUGCAUUAUCGUGCAAUUAGUAUUAAAACGAUGUACACGAAAUCUAGGAUUGAGAUGAGUAAGUUUCGAAUAAGUCGAUACACGUUUUUGAUAUUAGUAAGACAAUACCUAAGUUACUUAAGUUACUUGUCGUAUCAGUUGCGAGAUAAUGAAAUAUAUUCCUUACAAAGUAGUACUAGUAAAUAUAACUGCACUAAACCGUGAUUGAUAGCAAACCAAAGUUUCUAUUAAUAUAAGUUCAUAUAUAUAUAUAUAUAUCCAAAUUAUGUAAACAUAACUUACACAUUGUCCGCAACGUUGAUUAUUACUAGAUUAGAUUUUUGUAUUUAAGUCGCUCUAUGUUAACGAUUCAUUAAGAGAAAAAGUUUACAAAUGAACACGUGUCCCGAGAAAAGGAAAUUUAUUUCUAUUGAAUUUUUAUAAAUGGUUCUUUAUUUUGAUAAAUAUUUAUAAAAUCUCAGGAACGUAUUUAAUUAUUUAUUUAUUUAAUUAUUUAUAUUUCAUUAUUUAUGCAUGGCGGAUGUGAAUCUCAAUAUGUAUAUUGAAGAUUCUGCAUUGCUAAAAAUAUGAUUAUUGCUCUUUCGAUCGAUAAGCGUGAGCGUUAACAGAAAAUAAAUAUGAAAUUUUAAGUUUAAUAAUUCUAUAAAUGCAUUAUGUCAAAUAAUAAGACAUAACGACUUUGAAUUGAUAAGUCAAAAUAUUUUGUUCGAAACAGAAUAAAAGUAUUAUAUGUGUACUUAUGAUAUAAAAUUAAAUUCAUGGUUGGAGAUAUUUAUUGAAGAGAUAUCUUUUGUCGUAUGCUGUAUUAAGUAAUGUGAACAUUAUUAGAAACUCGUAAUUUAGUCUGAAAAUAUUCGAGAGAUUUAUACAUUCUAGGCAUGCGACACGAAAUGUACAGUUGAAUGUAAAAUUCUUCGAUUUCCGUUUGUGCAAAGACAUGAUUGCUUUAUGGAAAUUUGUGUUGCCAGUUUUUCAUCGAUCCUUCGAUAUAUAUAUAUACAUAUCUAGUUUGCAUAACUCUCUUGAAGUAAAUAUAUCUAUGAUAAGGUAUCCUGAUAAUUUGGAGAACAUAGUUUGUGUAAAAUAUUACGUGAAGUGCAAUAAUAAUCAUUAUAUGUAUUCCUGAUAAUUCCGGAAAUAUCAUCCCUUUGAAUGCGCAGAAUUACGAUAAGAAAAAAUAUUUUUUUCGACAAUUUUUAGUUGCACCAUUUUAUUUUCUCUGAUAAUUGAUUCAUUAAACUGCAUGUUCAAGGGGUUGAAUUUUUAGAUGUUCACUCUACUCAAAAUUGAUUUCUGACUUCUUUGAAAUCUUAGCCCUUCUAAGUACAUAGCUAAUAACAAUGUCGACUAGUAGCAUAGUGUAAUGAUGCACACUGCUCAUGUCAUCACUAAGAAGGGUUAAGACAAUAACAAACGCAGUCUAAAAUCUCGAUCUUUACCGAUCUUUAUAAGUGAGAAACAACAUGAUCACGCUUUUGAUCUCGUCAUGAUGAAAUCCAAGAAAAUGGAACAGAAUAAUUGUACUUAGCAGAAUGUAAUGCUAUCAAAAGAAGUGUCUAAAAAAAAAAUGUAAAGGAAUAAAAAACGUGUACUAAGAUAUGGGUAUCGAUAACUGAAUAGCUGUUGUAUUAUUGUACGUAUACAUAUAUAUAUAUAUAUGUAGAUGUAUAUAUAUUAUGUAUAUAUACAUAUAUAUGUACAUCUAAUCACAUUGCAUUUAUUGCAGUAGUAAUGCGUAUGCGUCUGUAAAGAUCUGAGUGUUUAGGGAUGAUCUAUGAUGUAACUUGAAAUAGCCAAAAUACAUAUAAGUGAUUAUUU